AGAUUGGUGUAACAAACGGGGUGAACUAAUGAUGGCUCAACCACAUGUGAAACAUCUUAAUAGUGGAGCGAAACCUAGUUAUCCUGAUCUUAAGGUUGAACUUGCUGACUGGAUUCGAGUUCACUGUAAUGAAUUGAAGCCAGUUAGUCGUAGUAUGGUGCAGGUUAAAGCAGCAGCUUUAGCAAAAUCUUAG